GAGGGCGGAGAGGCCGGAAGUGGUUGUGGUAACCCGGAAGGGGUAUCCUUCCCUGGCUUGUGUUGUUGUUUUCAAGCUGCUCCUGCUUCUGCGACUAAGGGAACCAUCGCGGAAGGAUGGUGUGCGAAAAAUGUGAAAAGAAACUUGGUACUGUUAUCACUCCAGAUACAUGGAAAGAUGGUGCAAGGAAUACCACAGAAAGUGGUGGAAGGAAACUGAAUGAAAAUAAAGCUUUGACCUCAAAAAAAGCAAGAUUCGAUCCAUAUGGAAAGAAUAAGUUCUCCACUUGCAGAAUUUGCAAAAGUUCUGUGCACCAACCGGGUUCUAAUUACUGCCAGGGCUGUGCGUACAAAAAGGGCAUCUGUGCAAUGUGUGGGAAAAAAGUGUUGGAUACCAAAAACUACAAGCAAACGUCUGUCUAGAUGUAUUGAUGAAGAUUCUGUCUUUCUGUAUGAUUUUGCUUUCUGCUUUAAAUUUUCAAGGCAUAUCACAGAUGUUCAAGUUAUAAAAUAACAUGUUUUAAGACUAUUAAGGUUAAGCCAGGGAAGUUGAUUCAUUCUUUUGCUCUCUAGAAGUUCUGAAUAGCAACAAUGGAACUAAUCUGCCUUACAAGCAUCUUAUUGAACUAGAAUAAGAGGCAAAUUUAACAACAACAAAAUAUUUUCCCAGUUCUGUAACACUUUUUAUUUAACAAUAUUCAUAUAAUUGUUAUUAUCCGCUCCCUCUACUUUAUACUUACAUAUAUUGCAAAAGUGAAAAGGGGAUUAUUGAUAUUUCCUCAGAACUUGGCAUUAGGAUUUGUAAAUUUCCCCUCAUUCCCUUGUUGGUUGCCUAGUUCUUAGAAUCAGCAGUCCCUUAAUUAAUUUCAGCUUCACAAGGUAUUUAAUUAUCUGAGACCACAAUUGCUGAAUGGUUCCUUAGAAAUUAGCCAAAACCCAAAUCAAACACAAGUUCUAUUUAUGAUAUUUAAAAAUUUGUUCUUGAAGCCAUAGUGCUUUCAUAUGAGAAUAAGAACACAAGGGAUACUCCAUAUAUAUACAAAUGAAUACACUGGAUUUCAGAAAGUACAUGUUACACACAUAACCUUGAAUUUACACUAUUACGAAAGCCAGAAGAACAGUGUUCAUUAUGACAAUGUAUGAUAGAAAUGAAUCACUACUCUUUGGGAAGGUUUUUGAAGCAAAAAUGAAACUUCUUUAACCUUUCCCCCCCAAAAGAAAGAAAUAAAACAAAGCAAACAUUUUGAUUCUCAACAUAUAUAUCUUCAAAGAAAGA